UUUACCGGUCGAGUUUUUCUCACCCUUUGAUUUUCGUGAAAGCUUUACGUUCAUAACACGAGUAUAAAUGACAACUGAAGCAGCACUUAGAUGGGCUACUACACCGUUGACAUGCAUUCUCUUACCUAAGCAACUCCCAGAGCUAAAGCAGCUCUCUAUCUCAACCAAAACCUUCUGAGCGAAUUGUUUAAUCCCCGGGAAUUCCUCGUUCCGCCAUUAAAGAUCUAUACUUUAAAUCCCCUAAGCUUUUGUUUCACCUUUUUUAACUCUUUUUUCUCUCUCGAAAUCCCAUCAAAACUCAAGUUUUACUUGAAGCUUUUGUAAUUUUUAUGGCAGAAGCAGGAAAAACAAAUAAACUUCAAUGGCUAUCAGAAAACCAGGUUUGAUUGCUUUAUUUGAUGUUGAUGGCACUCUUACAGCUCCAAGAAAGGUGGCUACACCCAAGAUGUUGGAGUUCAUGAAGGAACUGAAGAAGGUUGUUACUGUUGGAGUGGUGGGUGGAUCUGAUCUCAGUAAGAUAUCUGAGCAACUUGGGAAAUCAGUUAUCAAUGACUAUGAUUAUGUAUUUUCUGAAAAUGGGCUUGUUGCUCAUAAAGAUGGAAAACUCAUUGGCACCCAGAGCUUGAAGUCAUUUCUGGGAGAAGAAAAGGUCAAGGAAUUUAUAAACUUCACACUGCAUUAUAUUGCUGACUUGGAUAUCCCGAUAAAAAGGGGUACAUUCAUAGAAUUCCGAAGUGGGAUGCUCAACGUAUCUCCAAUUGGACGAAACUGCAGCCAAGAAGAAAGGGAUGAAUUUGAAAAGUAUGACAAGGUUCACAACAUACGCCCAAAAAUGGUUUCGGUGCUUCGAGAAAAGUUUGCUCACCUUAACUUGACAUUCUCAAUUGGAGGACAAAUAAGCUUUGAUGUUUUUCCUCAGGGUUGGGACAAAACAUACUGCUUGAGAUACCUUGAAGAAUUUCAAGAGAUUCAUUUCUUUGGUGACAAAACUUACAAGGGAGGGAAUGAUCAUGAAAUUUAUGAAUCAGAGAGAACAGAGGGACACACAGUUACCAGCCCUGAGGAUACAGUGGAGCAGUGCAAAGCUCUUUUCAUGAGCAAUUGAAACUUCCCUCUUGGUAUACCAUUUCAAUUUGUAUCUCUUAGUUUAUGGAAGAAUAAGUGCCAAAGCCAAUGCUUGGCCCUAGCAUAUAUAUAUGUAUGUAAUUUUAUACGAGUCAUUGUUAAAAUUUGCCUAUUAAGAGAAUUUGUAUGUACCAGGAAUUAUUACUUUAUCACCAUUCUUUUACCAUAAUAAAAUCUUUUUGGGUUACAGCAA